GGGGCGGGGUGGGGCGGGGCCGGAGAUGGGGACUCGGAUGACCGCCGCGGAGAUGCGCCUGGGCCCGCCGAGAGAGAUGGCAGGUGACACCAGACAGCUGCAGGCGGCCCGCCCUCCAGAGGCCGGCUCAGAGAACACCAUGGCAGAGCAGGUGGCCCUGAGCCGAACGCAGGUGUGCGGGAUCCUGCGGGAAGAGCUGUACCAGGGCAAUGCCUUCCACCAGGCCGACACACACAUAUUCAUCAUCAUGGGUGCCUCGGGCGACUUAGCAAAGAAGAAGAUCUACCCUACCAUUUGGUGGCUGUUCCGCGAUGGCCUUCUGCCCGAAGACACCUUCAUCGUGGGCUUUGCCCGCUCCCUGCUCACAGUGGCUGACAUCCACAGGCAGAGCGAGCCCUUCUUCAAAGCCACCCCGGAGGAGAAGCCGAAGCUGGAGGCGUUCUUUGCCCGAAACUCCUACGUGUCCGGCCAGUACGACGACGUGGCCUCCUACAAGCGCCUCAACAGCCACAUAAACAGCCUCCACCAGGGCCCGCAAGCCAACCGCCUCUUCUACCUGGCCUUGCCCCCCACCGUCUACGAGGCCGUCACCAAGAACAUCCACGAGACCUGCAUGAGCCAGAUGGGCUGGAACCGCAUCAUCGUGGAGAAGCCGUUCGGGAAGGACCUGCAGAGCUCCAACCAGCUGUCCAACCACAUCUCCUCCCUGUUCCGCGAAGACCAGAUCUACCGCAUCGACCACUACCUGGGCAAGGAGAUGGUGCAGAACCUCAUGGUGCUCAGAUUCGCCAACAGGAUCUUUGGCCCCAUCUGGAACCGGGAUAACAUCGCCUGUGUGAUCCUCACUUUCAAGGAGCCCUUCGGCACCGAGGGCCGCGGGGGCUACUUUGAUGAAUUUGGGAUCAUCCGGGAUGUGAUGCAGAACCACCUCCUGCAGAUGCUGUGUCUGGUGGCCAUGGAGAAGCCCGCCUCCACUGACUCCGACGAUGUCCGCGACGAGAAGGUCAAGGUCUUGAAGUGUAUCUCAGAGGUGCAGGCCGACCACGUGGUCCUGGGGCAGUACGUGGGGAACCCCGAGGGGCAGGGCGAGGCCAGGAAGGGGUACCUGGACGACCCCACCGUGCCCCGCGACUCCAACACCGCUACCUUCGCCGCUGUCGUCCUCUAUGUCGAGAACGAAAGAUGGGACGGCGUGCCCUUCAUCCUGCGCUGCGGCAAGGCCCUGAACGAGCGCAAGGCCGAGGUGCGGCUGCAGUUCCGCGACGUGGCCGGCGACAUCUUCCACCAGCAGUGCAAGCGGAACGAGCUGGUCAUCCGCGUACAGCCCAAUGAGGCCGUGUACACCAAGAUGAUGACCAAGAAGCCCGGCAUGUUCUUCAACCCCGAGGAGUCAGAGCUGGACCUGACCUACGGCAACCGAUACAAGAAUGUGAAACUGCCCGAUGCGUAUGAGCGCCUCAUCCUGGACGUCUUCUGUGGGAGCCAGAUGCACUUUGUGCGCAGCGACGAGCUCCGGGAGGCCUGGCGCAUCUUCACGCCACUGCUGCACAAGAUCGAGAAGGAGAAACCCAAGCCCAUCCCCUAUGUUUACGGCAGCCGAGGCCCGACGGAGGCAGACAAGCUGAUGAAGAAAGUGGGCUUCCAGUACGAGGGUACCUACAAGUGGGUGAACCCCCACAAGCUCUGAGCCGCCAGCACCGAGCCCCUGCCCCCCUUCCCGUGUGCUCUGCUUCUACCCCGCAGCACCCUGGGUAAAACUUUGGGACCAUAGCCUUCCACCUCACAUUCCCUGGGCCCCCCGGGCUCGGGCCAGCCCCCGCGUCCCAGUGUCCCCCAUGCUGCCACGCGGCUCUGAGCCAAGAACAUUCCUCAACUGCGCAGGCCCUGGGCAUCCUCAUGGCCCGAGCCCACCCAGCCCUCCUCACUCCAGCCCCGACUGUCCUGGGGCUCCCCAGCCACGGGGGACUGGCCCCUCAAAGGACAGCCUAGGACAGGCAGAAGGGACAAUGGGGAGGGGGCAGUGGGCCAAGGUGGGGCGAUGGCAAAACCACCCCCCUCCCCAGUUGGCUGUGUGGCCGAGGGCACACUCCCCACCCUCCGAACUCUGGGUCAGGAGGCGACCGCAUCCCUGUGAGAAGGCCCGAGUGCCACUUGACAUUCCUGGUUGCCUGCCGUCCCCCGGGUCCCUGGCCCUGUCUGCCCUUGGCCCCGCCAGCUCCCCCAGCCACCUCCACUCUUCACUCCAUGGCCAGCCCUACUGCAGGGUGGCAAGGCCACCCAUGCCAUAGGAAAAGCCAGCCAGCAGCUGCAUCCCCCUUGCUUUAACCCCAUGCCAUUAAACCCACAAAGCAGC